AUGUUGUGUUUUCUUUUUGUGUUCCGUGUUGCUGUUACUCCAGUUUGGGGCCAACAUGAUCAGCUAGCUACCCUACCAGUUUGCGCGCAAACAUGCAUCGCCAGCUCUUUCGCCAAUUCCAUAUGCGAUCCUCUCAAGGAUAUGUCCUGUCGGUGCAACAAUAGAACGCAGCAGUUGAUCGCCAUAGACUGCUUUUCCACGUCAUGCACUGCUCGAGAGACUUUAACGACCCUGAACGUCACCACGGUUAUGUGCGACGUGCCGGUUCGGGACAGAUCUGGGCAGUAUCGAAUCGUCAACACCGUUCUUUUCACCUUAAGUACUGUGGCCAUCCUAGGGCGAUUUUAUUCUCAUUACGCUCUUGGGCGCUUGCAACUGCUCGACGACGGGAACAUGGCUUUGAUACUAGUGAUAAAUACACUUAUGUUUACUCUAACAACUAUAAUGUCACUUAGUGGACUCGGACAAGACAUGUGGAAAGUCUCAUUCAAGGACAUUAGAUUGACACUGCUAUCCUUCUGGAUCUCCGUACCAUUCUACGGAAUCGAGUUUGGACUUGGCAAGAUUGCCUUCGGUCUUUUCUACCUCCGCAUAUUCAACGAUCGCCAUUUCCGCAAGUUAGUUUGGUUUGCUAUUGUCUUUACGCUUCUUUACACGACCGCGUUUGCCUUUUUAGGUAUAUUUAUUUGCUCUCCUGUGAGUUAUUUUUGGUGGCAGUGGGACCUAGGUGGCGAGCAUAAAGGCAAGUGUCUGAACAAUAACACGAUCGGGUUUGUCACGGCAUCGUUUAGUAUCUUUACAGACCUUAUCAUGUUAGGCCUGCCUAUCCCCCAAAUCUGGGCUUUACAUCUUUCUACGAAGAAGAAAGUUGGAGUCUUAUUCAUGUUUAGUAUCGGCUUCUUGGUAACUCUCGUUUCAAUCAUCCGGCUACACGCUUUAGUCAAUUUCGCAAAAUCUACAAACAUCACUUACGACUUUCUUGAUACUCAGCUCUGGUCUAUGAUCGAAUUAUACGUCGGCAUUAUUUGUGUAUGUAUGCCGUCGCUUAAGCUCGGCCUCCAAUUUUUCUGCUCCAAGAUUCUACGCAGCGUUGUGUCCACCUCGAGAUAUACUGGCUCGGGCCGAACUGGAGGCAAUAUUGCUAUUCACAAAAGUGUUCAAGUCACCAUAGGUAGCUAUCCGACGAAGUCACGAUUGGAAGAGCAAGGGAGCACAGUUAAACUCGUAGAAAUAGUGGGAGAUGCAAACAGCACGAAAAAACAGGAAGGGUCACAAGGUGAAACCCAUAGUGUAACAUAG